AUGCACAUGAUCCUCAUCACAGAUGGAGUUCCGGACGAUGUUGGUGAAAAGUAUCCGAAAAACGCAUAGUCUUGAGAAACAUAAAGUAUAGUUGAUUCACUAUCUUGUCACGAUUUCGUUUUCCUCUGAGUUACAGAACCCUUUCCUUCGAUGCGCGCCAUUCUUCUGCAUGCACCUUUAACAUAACGCAAAUUCUAGGCGGAAUGCAGAGGAACAGGCCGCGCGCUUUGAACGGAACGAUUCGGUAGCUAGGAGGAGUACAAAAAUCGUGACAAGUUAAGUUGGCAAAGAAUAUAUAUGAAGAAGCAGCCUAGCGAAAUAGGCUCCGAAAAAGUCUUUCACACAUUAUUUACAGCGUGUUCCGCGCUAGACGGUCAACCAGUAGAAGAAAAGCUAUCAUACUUUUGAAAUUUUCCUUCACAAAAUCGCAAAAAACAAAGGUCUUAAAAAUGAAAAAAAAAAGUUGUAAUAGUUCGCGGCUUCUCAGCCGGAUCCCGUUUUGUCUUAUGUACAUAAGAGAAAAUUUUGAUUUCGAAAACAUGUUAUAUUCUGAUAAUUACUGGCCGAGGCGGUUCAGUAUAAGGCUUUCUCAUGAAACUAAUUGUUAUGUCUGUCAAUUCUAGUAGGUCAACAGUAACAAAGGUGAGCUAUAGUUUGUGUGCCAAGACUUGGAAUUUCACCGAACGACAUUCCGCUGUUCCGCUGCAUCGCGAAGCGUCUUUGCGAGCCUCGGUCUCGCUUUGAAUUGGUUCUCAUUUCUGAUAGAUAAACUGUUCCACUGGCAACACAUGUUGGUCGAGCUCUUAAAUAAAAUGAAAAAUUAAAGGCGCGGCCGAGCACGCAGCGGAACAGCGGAAUGUCGUUUGGUGAAAUUCCAAGUCUUGGUAGAUAGACUAUAACAGGUAGAAAUAUAUUCUGGUUGUAGACACACGUAUAACAAUAGUUUACCUUCUGAUAUAUCUGUAAAAAGUAUAAAGUUUCGCUAAUCGAAAAUAGUCUGUUAAUGUCAAGUCAUCGCUCAAACUCCGCCCCUUUAGCGCAUUUAGAACCAAUCAGAGAGCGAGCCAUCCACAGAGCGUUGUUGGGGGCGGAGUUUGCUGCUUGACAUUCAAAAUCUGAACAUACUUUUUGUCGAUUCUCGAAAAAAGAACGCAAAUCCCAUUUGCGCGUGGUUGAGUAUUAUAUAUGUUAGCCUGCUUUUUCGACUCAUCUUGGCUUAAAUCAGGGUUUUUUUUUUCAGGUUCCCUUGGCUUCGCGCGUCGCUGCAGAAGUGGGUAUUUCAGUUUUUUUUUCCUAAUUGUGAAAUUAUCCUUAACGGCAUCCUGUCAAUCGCCGUUUCAAAUGAAAGAUUUUUCUAAACUGGAAUUUCAAAUUUCUCCUAGAUCACUUUUUUGGCAUGCUAUAAGUACGGGCGUUUACAAAAUGCGACCGAUGCGAUCGCUUUUUUUUUGUGCUCCACUGCAAAUUAAUAAAAUACGGGCGUUUCUUAAUCGUAUCCUUUUUACCUUUUUCUGGCACUUUUUCACAGAUUUUGUAGUUUUUACCUAUCUUUCCUUUUGAAAAAAACCUAUUCAAAAAAGUGCUACGACGAAGUUUAUGAACUUAUUAUGAUAAGUUUUUCUUCAAUUACUUGAACAACUUAGGCUUCUCAUCAGCCUUUGAAAACGAUUUUAUACAGUUCAUGAAUCUGUAAUAAACCGGAAACAACAUGGAAGAAAUUGGCUACGUGGCAAAAUAAAUCUUGAGAAAUGGUUUGAUAAAAGGUACUAUCAAAAAUAAAAAAAGAAAGAAACUACUAAACAGAUCAGAAAGCUUUCGAAAAAAAUUUAGAAUUUCGUUUAAUUUUUAAAAAAAUAAUGAAAAUUCAAAAAAACGCCCGUGUUUUAUUAACUUGCAGUGGAGCACAAGUAAAGCGGUCGCAUUUUUGUAAACGCCUGUACUUUAUAGCAUGCCCACCUUUUUUUUUUGAGUUUGAAUGAGCAUGUGAAGAAUAACUUUGAUGCAUAAAAAAUUCACUUUUUCUCAAAUUUUGCAUGGGGUUUGUCGAUUCAAAAACAAGGGGCGACUUUCAGGCUCGUGAAGACGGUAUUAAAAUGCAAACGGUUCUCAUUCAAAGCGACAGCGAGUUGGAUGCCAGGCUAGUCAAUUGCGGAGACGGCAACGCAUCGAAUGAGGAGUGCGGGAUCAGAGCCGUCUCAUUUCCGGUGAAUAUCCCGAGAGCGAUGGAGAAUUUGCGUGAAUGAGUUCAGGAAGUGAACGAAGACCUUUCCAAGGACCUCCUCGUAAACGUUUGCGACGAGGACGACAGUGCCGGCUCCUGA